AUGAAUUCAACCAGGCAUGGGCGAGUCCGAGUAAUGUCAGAUGGAAUGUCACCGGAUGCCAAUAGCGGUGGCAGUAAAGCAAUCACAAAUCAGGUAGCCGACAAACCUAGUGUACCUAAUAAUCCAGUGACGUCAUCGCCUAAUAAAACCAAAGAAAGCUCAUUAUAUACUGAUCCAACUUAUAAAUGUUACAUUGGAACGGGAAACAAUUCAGAAUUAAUCGAGAGUAUAUUGCUCAAUAUUGGUUAUGAGCGUCAAAUCGAGAAAACGGAUGAUUUCAAAUUCAAAUGGGUACAAUGUAAUCAGAGUGUUAAUUGGAAUGCAUUUAAAGAUGGUGAACAAAUGGUCAAUCAUAUACAAGGUGAAGAUUUUUUUACAACAAAAUUACAAUUAUGGCAAUCACUACAAACUUAUGAGAAAAUAUCAAAUACAAUGCUAAAACGUCAAAAAGAAUUCUUACCCUUAAACGAAUUUGUACCAGAAACAUUUAAAUUAGACGAAAAAACUGAUAGAGAUUUAUUUUUUAAUACACAUAAACCCGGUGAUGUGUGGAUAUGCAAACCAAGUGGUUUAAAUCAAGGUAAAGGAAUAUAUUUGGUACGAGAUAUUGAUUCAUUGAAGAAGAAAUUUGCCGAAAUAGACGCUCUUGAUAAAAAAAAACAAGUAUCUGUUAAACCAAUGAAACGAAUAAUUCAAAGAUAUAUCAUGCAUCCACUAUUAAUUCAUGGAAAAAAAUUUGAUAUUCGAUGUUAUAUGUUAGUUUCUAGUGUCAAACCGCUCAUUAUUUUAUAUCAUUCCGGCUAUAUAAGACUAUCGAUGUUUGAUUUUGAUCCAAAUGACGGAAAUCUUCUUACUCACUUGACAAAUCAGUAUAUGCAAAAAAAAGAUCCAAAAUACUACGAUUUGAAAGAAGAAACGGCAUGGACAAUGGAGCAAUUUAAUGACUAUAUGAAUAAAAAUGUGUUGAAAAAUAAGCCGGAAUUUGAACAAGAUUGGGUGUUGAAUGUACUACCCAAAAUUAUUCAACGUAUUAUGUUAAAUGUGAUCGAAUCAAUUCGAAUGCGUUUAAAACGUCGUUUAGGAUGCUUCGGUUUGUAUGGUUAUGAUUUUAUGAUUGAUCAAGACAUGAAAGUAUGGCUCAUCGAAAUAAAUGUGAAUCCAGCUUUAACAACAAAUACAAAUACUUUGGUAGAAGCUAUACCACCUGUUGUCGAAGAAAGUAUCACGACAGAGUGUUUUGAAAAAAUUCGUCAUAAUCAACGUAUAUUUCCACUGAAAAAUAUCAAAUCAUUCAAAUGUAUCUAUAAUGAAAUGGAACGCAAAGGUUCGUUACCAUUUAUUGAACAACGUCGAGCAAAAAGUAGUUCACCGAAUACUCGAAAACUCUAUACAUCUGUAGCGAACAAUCUGAAUAAUAAUCCUUCGGUUACAACUCAAGUCAAUCCGCCGCCGCGAAAUCAAUCACCACCAUCACCAAAAGUUGGUCGUUUCAUAACAGAAAAAGAGCCGUUAAGUCCUCCACCCACAAUAACUGUUCAACGUACAAUAUUCCCAAAUCAAUUUCGUCAGUUUCAAGAGCGUAUUCGUCAUUCUCGAUUACAAGAAUCAACAAAAACACUCAACAAUAUUAAUAUCACUACUAUAUCACCCAUCAAUUUAACUAGUUUAACGGGAACAGGUGCAUUGAGUGUAACUAAUAGUCUAAAUAAUACUACCUCACAAUCUCAUGCUCUUACGACAACUGAAAAUAAUCCAAAUGAAAAGACCAUCAUGCGUUAUCAGACAAUUACACGCUAUAGAUCAAAUUUUGAAAUUUUAAAACCAGCAACAGUUAUCGCUGAAGAAUGGAAAAACCUAGAUACAUCAACCAAAGAACGUAUAAUGACAUCAGCACAUACGACAACGACUGGUCCCAUGCAUGGACCAAAGGCACUUGUUCUUAUUUCAAAAUCAAAACUGGCAGUUCAACAGUCAGCAGGAGCAUCACGAAAUGCGCGUAAGAAUUGGUUUUUAAGUGGAAGACAAUUAGCAGUUAUUGAUACAAAAACACUAGGGACAUGGUUGAAACAGCGUAAAGAACAUCCUGAGACAUCUUCGUCUUCUCCCGGUUCAUCUAUGUCAUCUACCACUAAUGAUAUUUCAUCACCACAAGAUAGUUCUUGUCAUAAACUCAAUCAAAGUUCACCUGAACACCCAAAUACUUCACCUCAACUACUACCCGAUAUUGGUGAACGUCGUCCACACUCGUCGCUUCAUGGAAAUUCUCUUCUUCAACAACAACAACAACCAAAUAAAAUGAAAAAAUUGAUAAUAACAAAUGAGUUUCUCAAUAAACAUCCAUGGGAGUACGAUGAUUGGAUGGGUCAAAGUGGUGAUGAUGAUGUGAACGAUGACCAAAUCGGACCAAAUUCUAAAUUUAAUAAAUCUACGCUAAUCUAUCGUUUAAUGCGUUCACGUUUAGACGCUAAUUUAGCCCAAAGUAUUUCAGGAAAUCAAGCCCUAGUGCGCACAAAGCAACAACAGCAGUAUGUCCUGCAGCAAGAGCGAUGA